CUAAAUUGACUGACCAAUGAUCCUAUGGAAGCUUCUACAAACAAAGGAGACGUAUUUAUCUCUAUUCAAAAUCGAAUUUUAAAAAAAAUCUCCAGGAAGAAAACCUAAUACUCCUCUUCCUCGGAAGAAGAAACACUGCUUAGCUCAUGUUGAACUUUGAGCUCAAGGAAGUUCAAUGGGAUGAACGUCUUGGAUUCGGAAUCGAAUUUGAAUUCGCCCUCGCAACUCUCCCAUUAGGAACUGAAGACCCGGAACCGGAAGAUGGUCGUGGGAUAUACUCCAUUGACGCUCCUCUUGAUUACCCUGAAACGGUUACCAGCACUCUCUCGGAUAUCGAUCGUGAACUCAAUGUUCAAUUGCAUAUCGUGAAUACAUUGAAGACCAAUGGAUUUAGUGCUGCAUCUCAAAUUCAGCUGGAACGAUAUCGUAAAGCUUGGAAGAAUGGCAAUUUGGACAAAGAACCGGACCCGAGUGAUAUAUUAUGGAUUGUCAAGCGCGAUGAUACGAUUCAAUUCCCAACCGCCCAAGUCAAGACAUAUAAAUGGUACAAGGUCGAGAUAUGUACACCUGGACUUAUGUUUAGCCCAUGGAAUGUCCGUCAUAUCUGGGAUGUUCUCGGCGUUUUAAGAAGCAGAUACCGGCUGAGUUGCAAUCAAUCUUGUGGUUUGCAUAUUCAUGUUGGGCUCGGGAAAAAGGAAUUCAGUCUUGAUGUCUUGAAGAAUCUGAUGGCCAUUAUAUUCACAUUCGAACGACAACUUGAACAAUGCCAUCCUUCACAUCGAAUGAAGAACAAAUAUUCAUAUCCGCUUCGCGAUCAUGCAAAUAUUAAUGAGAAUUACGAACCAGGGAAGAAUUUCAGCUGCAGUGAUAAAAAUUGGAAAUACAAUAGAUGUCUCGAAAGAAGACGAAGAAAACUACCCACGAUACCAGCUCCUGGCCGCUCGGCGCGAGAUUCUUUAGCUGCGAUAUUCAAUGCCAAAUCAAGAGCCGAAAUUGUCAAAAUGUUCAAAUCAGAUGAAGAUAUUCGACUUGGAUACAAUAUCCAAUUUCUCGAUGAGCCUUACCCGGACCCUUUCAAACAAACCAUCGAAUUUCGACAACAUGAAGCUACCACAGUACCCAAAAGAAUAGAACGCUGGCUGAAUAUCUGUUGUCGUUUAGUCGAUGUUGCGCGCCAGACGGCCAGUGCAAGUGAUGAGGAAAAAGCAAUCUUCCACGACUUUUUACAGGAACAUAUAGGAGAGGAUGUGGAGGAGUUUGGAUUGGUUAUUCUGCUGGUAAAUUUAGGGUUGAUGCAGGAGGCUGAGUUUUACAGUUACGAGAUGGCUAAUAAUCCGGAGUUGAGACCACAGCGGAAAAGUAUGUAUGAUUCGAGUUCUAUUCCGUCUAAUCCGUCCAACUCGUCUCAUCGGUGAGGUUAUGGCUGGAAAUGUUGGUUGGGUUCCGUGUGUGUUCAAUAUUUGCGACUGUAAUCGGAUUGAAGCAUUGGUCGAUGAAAAAGCCUCCUAUCUUUCAAUAUAUUGUUGGACUAUAGAACACACUGCUCCGGCUUUGGUUGUUCGUCCGGGCUAGAGUGUUGAUGGAUUUGUAUGAAAUUUGCUAAUUCUCCCAUUUGGAUGUACUCCAAAAGAUUCCGUGAUGAUAUUGUGGUAGCGAUGAUAAGUUCUGUUGAAUGUUAUAAUAAGGUGACUUUCCAAAUCUUUAGACGGAGGUCGUUGACAUGUAUUUCCUGCAGGCAUGGUCUAUGCAUUCCACAUCUCCUAGGCUUGGCCGUAUUUUUUCCACAUAUGAAUUAUUGGUCCCAAACCGGCCCUGCAGAUCAAACUUUAAUUGAGUAUGGAGAUUUUUAUGGGGUGGAUUAACUAGGACUCGCGUUCUGAUAGUUCUCUUUAGGUAUUCAAUACCGUGGACAUGGGACGAUUGAACGAAUCAUGAGCUACUUAAAGCCCUUUUGUAUGACAGAUUUAGA